UCGAGAGUUCGUUGAGAGUGUUCGACUUUGUGCGGAAACCGAAUGUUUUUUUGUGGAAUUGUAUGAUCAAGUGCUCAAGGCCUGCAGCGACGCCGGGGUGGUGGCAGAGGGGGUUCAAGUCCAUGCCCAUUUGGUGAAACAUGGCCUUGGUGGAGAUGGACACAUAUUGAGCUCAGCGAUUAGGAUGUAUGCAUCAUUUGGACGCUUGGUGGAGGCACGGCGAAUUCUUGAUGAUAAGGGUGGGGAAGUGGAUGCUGUUUGUUGGAAUGCUAUGAUUGAUGGGUACUUGAGAUUUGGAGAAGUUGAAGCAGCUAGAGAGUUGUUUGAAAGUAUGCCAGAUAGGAGUAUGAUCAGUACUUGGAACGCGAUGAUUAGCGGCUUUUCUAGAUGUGGCAUGGUGGAAGUUGCUAGGGAGUUUUUUGAUGAGAUGAAGGAAAGGGAUGAGAUAUCUUGGAGUGCCAUGAUUGAUGGUUAUAUUCAAGAAGGGUGUUUCAUGGAGGCCCUGGAAAUUUUUCAUCAAAUGCAGAAAGAGAAAAUUAGGCCAAGAAAAUUUGUGCUUCCUAGUGUGCUGUCUGCUUGUGCUAAUUUGGGAGCACUUGAUCAAGGAAGAUGGAUUCAUACUUAUGCGAAGAGGAACUCCAUUCAAUUGGAUGGAGUGCUGGGUACUUCUUUGGUGGACAUGUAUGCAAAAUGCGGGCGAAUCGACCUAGCAUGGGAGGUUUUUGAGAAGAUGUCAAACAAAGAAGUCUCCUCUUGGAAUGCCAUGAUCGGGGGGCUGGCUAUGCACGGUCGGGCUGAGGAUGCCAUCGACCUCUUCUCAAAAAUGGACAUAAACCCGAAUGAAAUCACCUUUGUGGGGGUCCUGAAUGCUUGUGCUCAUGGAGGUUUGGUCCAAAAAGGCCUAACAAUUUUCAAUUCAAUGAGAAAAGAGUAUGGGGUUGAGCCCCAAAUUGAGCAUUAUGGCUGCAUUGUAGACCUUCUAGGAAGGGCCGGGCUCUUAACAGAGGCGGAGAAGGUCGUAAGCUCAAUCCCAACUGAGCCUACUCCAGCAGUUUGGGGAGCACUCCUGGGGGCUUGCAGGAAGCAUGGAAAUGUCGAAUUGGGUGAAAGAGUGGGGAAGAUUUUACUUGAGCUCGAGCCGCAGAACAGCGGCCGCUACACAUUAUUAUCAAACAUCUAUGCAAAGGCCGGAAGGUGGGAAGAAGUAGGAGAAGUGCGAAAACUGAUGAAGGAAAGGGGAAUAAAGACAACUCCUGGAACCAGCAUUAUCGACUUAGGCCGAGGCGAGGUCCACAAGUUCAUAAUUGGGGAUGGCUCACACCCUCAAGUGAAGGACAUCUACCAAAUGCUGGACAAGGUCAAGGAAAGGCUGCAGAUGGAAGGCUAUGAACCGGACCCGUCUCAAGUUUUGUUCGAUAUUGACGAAGAAGAGAAGGAGACCGCAGUUUGGCAGCAUAGCGAAAAGCUUGCCAUUGGUUUUGGCCUAAUCAACACAAGCCCAGGAACAACCAUCCGAAUAGUGAAGAACCUAAGGGUGUGUGAGGACUGCCAUUCUGCAACCAAGCUUAUCUCGCAAGUGUAUAACCGAGAAAUCAUAGUGAGGGACCGUAUCAGGUAUCAUCAUUUCAGAAAUGGAGCGUGUUCAUGUAAGGAUUUCUGGUGAAAAUUUAAGCAGAAACCGCAUAUGCCAGCAGAAGUACUCAACCAAUCAACAUCGAAAAAUAACAAAUUGUAACAUACUAUUGUAGUAUGUGGCUCAUAUUUGAACAAAAAGACAUGUGGAGAAAAAUAGGCAAAAUACCAAAGCGAAUUGGAAUUUCAUUCCUAACUGUUAGUAUAAUUACCCUUCUUUAUGUAACCCUAAUUUUAACAUAAUGAAAAUUCUUUUUCCUUGUUCCCGUGGACGUAUGUAAUUAG